UGUUGUUCUCCGCGUCUGGGACGUUUGUGGCGGUGGCAGCGGGUCGGGUCGCGGAGUCACCAUGGCGGUGCGACAGGCGCUGGGCCGGGGCCUGCAGCUGGGUCGGGCGCUGCUGCUGCGCUUCGCGUCCAAGCCCGGUCCGGUGUCAGGCUGGGGUAGGCCCGGCCCCGCGGCGGCCUGGGGCCGCGUAGAGCGCCCGACCCGGGUUUCAGGCCCCCGAGCACAGCCGCGCCCGCUGGGGCUCCCCCUCCCCGACCGCUACCGCUUCUUCCGCCAGUCGGUGGCCGGGCUGGCGGCGCGGAUCCAGCGGCAGUUCGUGCUGCGGGCCCGGGGCGGCGGGGGCCCUUGCGGCCGAGCAGUCUUCCUGGCCUUCGGGCUGGGCCUGGGGCUGAUCGAGGAGAAGCAAGCGGAAGGUCGGCGGGCAGCCCAGGCUUGUCAGGAGAUCCAGGCAAUUUUUGCACAGAAAAACAAGUUGGCGUCUGACCCACUGGACACGCGAUGCUGGCAGGGCUUCCGCCUGGAGGAUUAUCUGAUUGGACAGUCCAUUGGCAAGGGCUGCAGUGCUGCUGUCUAUGAAGCCACCGUGCCCACAUUGCCCCAGCACCUGGAGAAGGCCAAAUGUGGCGGCUUUCUAAGGAAAGGCUCAGAUGGGGAGCAGGCUCCGGGGGCCCCUGCCUUUCCCUUCGCCAUCAAGAUGAUGUGGAACAUCUCGGCAGGCUCCUCCACUGAAGCCAUCUUAAACAAAAUGAGCCAUGAGCUGGUCCCAGCAAGCCGGGUGGCCUUGGAUGGAGAGUACGGAGCAGUGGCUUUCAGGAGAUCCAGAGGCAAUCCCAAGCAGCUAGGGCCACACCCCAAUAUCAUCCGGGUUUUCCGAGCCUUCACUUCAUCUGUGCCCCUCCUGCCAGGGGCCCUGGCUGACUAUCCAGAUAUGCUGCCCCCGUGCUUCUACCCAGAAGGCCUGGGCCAUGGCCGCACACUGUUCCUCGUUAUGAAGAACUACCCGUGUACCCUGCAGCAGUUCCUUCAGGAGCAUAGUCCCAGUCCCCGCCUGGCCACCGUGAUGACCUUGCAGUUACUGGAGGGCGUGGACUACCUGAUUCAGCAGGGCAUCGCCCAUCGGGAUCUCAAGUCUGACAACAUCCUUGUGGAAUUGGACUCAGACAGCUGCCCCUGGCUGGUGAUCUCAGAUUUUGGCUGCUGCUUGGCUGACAAGCAUGUUGGCCUGCAGUUGCCUUUCACUAGCUGGUAUGUGGACAUCGGUGGGAACAGCUCCCUGAGGGCCCCUGAGGUGUCCACAGCCCAACCUGGCCCUCAUAUAGUGAUUGACUACAGCAAGGCUGACAUCUGGGCUGUGGGGGCCAUCGCCUAUGAAAUCUUUGGGCUUCCUAAUCCCUUCUAUGGCCAAGGCAGAGCCCACCUUGAGAGCCGCAGCUACCAGGAAGCUCAGCUGCCUGAGAUGCCCAAAUCCGUGCCUCCAGAUGCAAGACAGCUGGUGAGGUCACUGCUCCAGCGAGAGGCCAGCAAGAGACCAUCUGCCCGUGUGGCUGCAAAUGUGCUGCACUUAAGCCUCUGGGGUGAGCAUCUUCUAGCCCUGAAGAAUCUGAAACUGGACAAGAUGAUUGGCUGGCUCCUCCAGCAAUCAGCGGCCACUCUGCUGGCUGACAGGCUGUCAGAGAAGAGCUGCGUGCAAACAAAGCUGCAGAUGCUGUUUCUGGCUAACCUGGAGUGUGAGGCACUCUGCCAGGCAGCCCUCCUUCUCUGCUCCUGGAGGGCAGCCCUGUGAUGCCUCUGCUGUGCUGUUAACUAAAACUCGGGGCAUCUGUGUUGUGACGUCAUGAUAGUAUAUGAAGGACAAAGGAGGUAGCUUGGCUGGGUGGGUGGGAGUCGGGAGACAAGCUGGA